AUGCCUUUCCUGCCGACUAAGAAACUUUUUGGAUCUCCUCGAAGAAUCUCCAUCUUUGUAUUUAUUCUUGUUAUACUGAGCAUCCAAGGGUUCACAUGGAUAAAAACUGGGAGCGUUCUCUUUCUAAAAUUCCCUCUCCAUGCUCCCAAAGUUGCUAAAAAUCUAACCCUUGAUACUGAUGUACAUAUGGUUAACCGACCCUCUAUUCUGAUUGAACUGGCUUCUGCGAUGAAGUAUUCGUGGAAGGCAUACACAACUUAUGCUUGGGGAAUGGAUGAAGUCAAUGUGAUAAGCAAUGUUGGUACCCAUUGGAUGGAUGCAAGUCUCACUAUGAUCGACUCUCUUGACACUCUUUGGAUGUUCAACAUGAAGGAGGAAUUCAAUCGAUGUCGCGACUGGAUCACUACUCACGUAAAUUUUGACGUCAAUCGGGAUAAUUCCAACGUCUUUGAAUCUACCAUUCGUCUUUUGGGUGGAUUGCUGAGUGCAUUUCAUGUCUCAGGAGAAAAGGUUUUCCUCGAAAAAGCUAAGCUUUUAGGAGGUAAGCUAAUUGUGGCCUUUAACUCCCCCUCUGGUCUACCAUACACAAACAUCAACUUCGGGACACUGCGCGCUUCCCUUCCAAGCAAUAGCCGAAUUGUCACCCUGUCAGAAGUCGCCACUCUUCAGCUAGAAUUCAACGAACUCGCCAUGCUCCUUCAAAAUGCCAGUUUUGCUGGACCAGCAGCCAAUGUGUACCGGAUUUUGGAUAAGGUGAAAAAACUCUCAGGCCUUAUCUCGACGGAUAUAAACAUGUAUCAUCCGGAAAACCCAACCCUCUCCACAAUAACAUUGGGAGCACGAGGUGACAGCUACUAUGAAUAUCUCCUCAAGGUGUGGAUUCAGACGGGAAAGAAGUCCGAGUGGCUUAAAAAGGAGUACAUCACUGCUGUGAAUGGAAUGCGAGAAAACUUGAUCCGCAAAAGCGUCCCUAAUGGACUCACUUUCGUUGGUGAAUUGCACGGGUCGCAGUUCUCCACAAAAAUGGAUCACUUGGUGUGCUUUUUGCCCGCAACUCUGGCCUACGGUUACCUUCAUGGAAUGCCCGCCGACCACCUUGAAUUGGCGAUUAGCCUGGGAGAGACUUGUUUCCACUUGUACAACAGCACCAAAAGCGGUCUCAGUCCAGAACUAGUCUACUUCAAUUUGGCCAAUUCGAACAAAUCGGAUUUUUACAUUCGGAGCGACGUUCAUUUGGCUAAGGCAACGAGUGUUACUGUGCCACCUAUUCCUCAUGUUAGCGAUGCAAUUGAAGUGUCAUGGUACAAUGCUAAGAGAUUGGACUCAUUUAACCUAUUACGACCGGAAGCGAUCGAGGCAUUUUUCUACCUCUACCGAAUCACCAAAGAUCCCAAGUACCAGGAGUGGGGUAGACAGAUUUUCCGAGCUUUCAAUACCUACUCUCGAGUAGAACCAGCAGGCUAUGCGCCGCUUCUUGAUGUGCAAUUGGAGGUCCCGGGUUACAAGGACAAGAUGGAGUCAUUUUGGAUAGCUGAAACCCUCAAAUACUUCCUCUUACUAUUUGAUGACAGCCUAGCCUCCAAAUACGAUCUCCGAAAGUGGGUCUUCAACUCGGAAGCUCAUCCUUUCCCGAUUCACUCUCCGGACACCAUUUCCACUAUCCGGGACUUCUAUAAUCUUUGA